AUGAUUAUUUUACUUGAUUCAAGAGGAUUUAUUAAACAUUUAUCAAGGAAAAUAAAUAUAAUAAACUACCGUAAGCGAUCAUUUUUCAAUUUUCAACAACAAAUAAACUUUUCAUUAUUUAAUGAUAAAAAAAAUCAAAAAAAUGUUCAUAAUUUAAACAAUAACCAUAAUUUAAUUCAAUUGUACCAUGAGUUAGUUAAAACAAAUAAAAUAGAAAGUGAUCCUCACCAAUAUAACCUAGUUUUGGUUCUGCAAGCUCUUGAAAAUAAUUUAAAUAAUUAUUAUCAUAAUGUGGAAAUAAAUUUAAAAAAAAAAGAGAAAUCUAAAAAGUCUUUCUUUAGUUCUUUUUUCUCAAAAGGAAAUAAUGAGUAUGGAAAAGAAGUUAUUGAGUUAGAUGAAGAAAUAAUAGUGGAAAAUUUUCAGAAUGAUGAUAAUUUCUUUAUAUACACUGAUAAUCGAAAAACAGAUAAAGAUAAUAUACUUAGAUACAAAAAUAUAAAAAAUGAAAAAUAUUUUGUUAAUAACAAGGUAGAUGAAAAAGAUAUAAAAUAUAUUAGAGGAUUAUACGUUUAUGGAAGUGUGGGAAGAGGUAAAACUUUUUUUUUAAAUUUAUUAUUUGAUAGAAUUAAAUUAAGUAAAUUAAGAAUUCAUUAUCAUAACUUUAUGCAAGAAAUUCAUAAAAGUUUUCAUGAAGAAAAAAUAAAUAAUUCAGAAGACCCUAUUAAAAAUAUAUCUAUAAAAAUGAGUAAAAAAUAUAAAUUAAUAUUUAUUGAUGAAUUUCAAGUAGUGCAUAUAUCAGAUGCAAUGGUUAUCAAAUCAUUAUUUAAUCAUUUAUUUUAUCUGGGAACAGUUUUAUUAUGUUCUUCUAAUAGAAAUCCAAUACAUCUUUAUCAUAAUGGUCUUAAUAGAGAUAGAUUUUUACCUUUUAUAAGAUCGUUGUUUAAGUUUAAUUAUAUAUAUGAAAUUGAUAACUAUUUUGAUUUUCGUGUAAAAAAUAAAAAUACAGAUAAUAAUAUAUAUAAUAUACCAACAAAAAAUUUUGAAGAAAUUGUAAGAAUAUGUAAUGAUCUUUAUUGUAAAACUUACAAUAAAGAUAUGAACUAUGUAAAGAAGAUUCAGAAGUUUAAUGAAAAAAUUAAUGUAUCUGAUUUUAAAAAGUGCAUAAUUCCUUAUAAAUUAAAUAAUUAUGCGAUAUUUUCUUUUCAAGAAUUAUGUGGUCAGAAUAUUAGCAUAGAUGAAUAUAAUGCUAUAUCAAAAGAAAAUCAUACCUUAUUUAUUUAUGAUAUUGAAAAAAUGAAUGAAGAAAGCAGUGGAAAUGAACUAAGAAGAUUUAUUUUAUUAAUAGAUAUUUUAUAUGAAAAAAAUACAAAAGUUUUUUUUUUUAGUAAUACUCCUAUUUUUCAAAUUUUUCAGACAAGUUCUAUCAUUUCUUAUUUUCAAAUUCUUACUGAGAGAAUGAAAAUGAAAUAUAACAGUUUUGACCAUUUCAAGAAUUCUUGCAAGGAACAAUUAAAGUGUGACAGCUUUAACAAAGAAAUAUUUAUUAAUAUAAUGCUGAACUUUGAUAUAAAUAAAGAAAUAAGUGAAAAAUUAUUUGAUGCUAUAAAUUAUAAUAUUAAUAAAGAAUACAUACCUAUAGAAUACUUAAGGAAAAUUUUAUGCUUCCACAUAACGAAUCACGAAAUAGACACAAAAAAACAUUUAAAAUAUUUAGAAAAUAAAGAUAUACAAUUAGAAUCUAUUCCUUAUUUAUUAUUUGAUGAAAAUUCAAUAGAUACAUCUCAAGAAAAUGCUUUUGCGUCUAUGAGAACAUUAUCUCGAAUGAAGCAUAUGAGCACAUUAUCAUACCUAGAAAAGCACAAUAAAAUAUAUGAGCAUGAUAUAUAA